AUGGCCCACGUCGGUGCUGUGGUAGUCGGCGCCGGUGUUGUGGGCGCUGCGGCCGCUCGCAGUUUGGCCCGAGCCGGGUUGGAGGUCCUGGCCGUGGACCGGUUUCGCCAGGCCGGUCAAGGCACCACCAGCCGCAACAGCCAGGUGAUCCAUGCUGGCCUCUACUACCCCGACGGGAGCCUGAAAGCACGCUUCUGCGCGGCGAGUGCUGCGCGACUGUACAAGUUUGCUGAGAGCCGCCAUAUCCCGCACUGGAACUGCCAAAAGUUGGUGGUGGCUGCAGAAGGGCAAGAAGAGCGCUUAAAGACUGUGGCAGAGCACGCGCGCAGUAUUGGCUGUUUGCAGAAGGAGAACAUGCGUAUGCUGUCCAGACACGAUCUAAAGGUUCUGGAGCCAGAUCUUGUGGCCUCCGCUGCCAUCCUCUCACCGGGGACCGGAGUCAUCUGCGCGCACUCCGUGGUGUCGGCGCUCCUGGCCGAAGCUGAGGCAAGUGGCGCGGACUUCAGUUUCGGAAGCGAUGUGGAGGAUGUGAGUUGGGAUGGCAACGCCUUCACUUUGACUUUCUCGGACGGCUUCAAGGUCACUUGUGACAAGCUGAUCAAUGCGGCGGGGCUUCACGCCGGUCAGCUCGCAGAGACUUUUGUAGAACCUCGUCUGCUACCGAAGUUCCGUUUCUGCAAGGGCAACUAUUUCAGACCGACGGUGCCGGUGCCGUUCCAGAGGCUCAUCUAUCCCCUCCCACCGCCAUCUGGUGCCGGGCUGGGAACCCACUUGACCCUGGAUGUGGAGGGCGGAGGAGCCAAGUUCGGCCCAGACACGGAGUGGCUGCCGGAUGACUAUGCUCCUGUCAAGGACAUGGACGGCUCCGGCGUUUACAAUGUCGACGCCUCCCGUGCUGCAUCCUUCGAGGAGUCCAUCCAGUGCUGGUGGCCGAGCCUUCCCUCGGGAAGCCUGGCGCCCGACUACUCAGGGCUCCGCGUCAAGGUCCCCAGCGGGGACUUCGAGAUCACCAGCCACGGGAUGGAGGGAUACUGUGGCCUCUACGGAAUCGAAUCGCCGGGUUUGACAAGCUCUCUGAUGAUUGCAGACCAAGUGCUGAGGGUGCUUGGCGUGCCAAUCCCAGCAGAAGCGCAGGAGGAUGAGUUGGAGCGACCACCACCAGGUACCCGCUGCUUCAGCGAUGGCCUGCGGACACUUCUGCAGGGCGAGGCUUCAGAGUCCGUCCUCGAGGCACUAAAGCAGCGCCGCGAGGAGGUGCGGAAGGAUGUUGAAGCCGCUGCUGUUCGGUGGGGGCAGGCCGCCGACGCUCGCCUGAGGAGUGCCUGCGCGGAGCCAGUUCCGAGUUUCCCUGGGCGCCUCUCCUCAGCGGCUGCCCUGCUGGAGGAGCAUCGCGCCGCAACAGGCGGCGCCCUAAAAGGCGUCUUCGAUCGGCUGCAGGGCUUUCAGCGGCUCUUGGCACGUCGGCGAUGCCUUGAAGACAUAGUUUCCAUGGUGAAGAAGACGGAUGCAGUGCGGGAGGCGGUGUUUGCCUGCCGGCCGGCGGAGGAGUUGCCGGUCGCCGAGAUGGCAGAGGUGGUGACGUUGUGCUCGCGGCUUCCGUCGAGGAGCAGGGCCGUCGGAGUGAAGCGUGCGCGCUUCCUUACGGAGCCCUUGCGCUCCGCUCUCUCCCAGGCGCUCCUGUCCGCGCUGCGGGAGACAGGUACUUGGCCAAAGGAGCCGGGAACGUCUGUGCAGCCAGGCGGGGACGCCAGGGAGAAAGUUUUGCGCCUUUGUCGCCGCCUUUCUCAGCUCCAGGAAUCGGCGAGAGAUCUUCGGCAGCUGGAAGGAUCCGAGCUAUCACCGGCAGAGGACAGUGUGUCCUGGCCGUGCCAAGCACUGGCCACCCCUUUGGUGGCCCGGUUCCGACACCACUUCUGUCGGCCAGACAGUGAGCUCUGCCGCACUGACAAGCCUGAGUGGGCUUUUCGGUACCUGGUUGAGAUGGCAAGCGACCACGCAACCGAGCUCGAGGGGUGGUUGGCGCAGCUCCGUGCGGAAGAUUGUCGAUCGAUGGUUGCAGGCCUCGUGGCGGCGCUCGCCACAGAGGGCCGGCGCUUCGUGGCCGGGAGGCUGCGGGCCCUGUCCGAGGACGAGGUGGCGAAGCCUUGGUUGCUGCAGACCCUCCACCAGCUCGUUCGAUUUCACAGCGCUCUGGUUGGCCUCGGGGGCACAGCAGCCGCCCAAGCGCUGAUGGCAGACUUCGAUGGUAACGUGCUCCUGGCACCAGGCGAGCCUUCGGAAGAGCCGGGCGACUCACCGUCGGAGCCUGCGCAACGCGGCGCCCUGGCUGAAGGAGAUCUGCAGGGUUUGCAUUCGCCCCUGUGA